AAGGAGAAAGAGGAGGAGCCCGGAUCCUUUGACUCCGCCAGAGCCUGGACGCGGGAGGAGGAAAAGGAGACCAGGCUUCCUCCUUCUCUCUCUCCUUCCUCUCUUGCCCUGGCCCCCGAGAGCGCUUAACGGGAUGCCAGUGGGCGACAUGGGGAAGCCACUACUGGGCCACCAGAAUGGAGGCAGCGAGCCAAGCCUGGUCCCAGGAGCCAGUGGCAGGACGAUUGGGGUCCUGGGAAGUGGAGACUUUGCCCGCUCCUUGUCCAUGCGCCUGGUGUGCUCUGGUUUCAAAGUGGUGGUUGGAAGCCGGAACCCCAAACGCAGCGCCAGCCUCUUCCCUUCAGCCGCUGAAGUGACGUUCCAGGCAGACGCUAUCAAGAAGACAGAUAUUAUCUUUGUGGCAGUUUUCAGAGAACAUUACACCACACUCUGCGACCUCAGCGAUGAGCUGUCCGGCAAAAUAUUGGUUGACGUUAGCAACAAUGCGGAAAUAAACCAUCACAAAGAAUCAAAUGCGGAGUACUUGGCAUCACUUUUCCCAGCAUGUACUGUCGUCAAAGGAUUUAAUGUCAUCUCAGCAUGGACCUUACAGUCAGGCGCCAGGGAUGGCAAUAAACAGGUCUUCAUUUGCUGUGACAACAAGGAAGCCAAACAUGCCAUCGGGGAAAUUGCUCAUAUGCUGGGGUUCACACCCGUGGACAUGGGCGCCUUGGUUGCAGCCCGUGAGAUUGAGAACAUCCCCCUCCGCCUCCUCCCUGCUUGGAAGAUCCCUGUCUUCUUGGCGCUGGGUCUCUUUCUCUGCUUCUACACCUACAACUUCAUUCGACAGGUUUUGCACCCGUACAUCCUGGAUAAAAAGAAUAAGUUCUAUAAGAUGCCCGUGGAGGUCGUCAACACCACCCUGCCUUGCGUCGCCUACGUCAUGCUCUCCCUCGUCUACCUGCCUGGAGUGCUGGCGGCUGCCUUCCAGCUCUACCACUGCACCAAGUACAAGCGUUUCCCAGACUGGCUUGACCAAUGGUUGCAACACAGAAAGCAGAUAGGGCUGCUGAGCUUCUUCUGCGCAGCUCUGCAUGCUGUGUACAGCUUGUGCUUACCCAUGCGGCGGUCCCACCGGUACCUGUUACUCAAUGAAGCCGUCAAGCAGGUGGAGAAGAAAGCCGAUGCCUGGGUAGAGGAGGAAGUCUGGAGAAUGGAGGUCUACAUUUCUUUCGGCAUCAUGGCCCUGGGCUUGCUCUCAUUACUUACCAUAACUUCCCUUCCUUCCAUCUCCAACUCUCUCAACUGGAGGGAAUUCAGUUUCAUUCAGUCCAGCCUUGGCUUUGUGGCACUGGUGAUCAGCACUCUCCAUACUUUGACGUACGGCUGGACAAGGGCCUUCGAUGAGAGCCAGUACAAGUUCUACCUGCCUCCUACUUUCACCCUCACACUACUGGUGCCGUGCGUCAUCAUCUUGGCUAAACUUUUCUUCCAUCUUCCAUGUAUGAACGAACGACUGCAGCGCAUCAGGAAAGGGUGGGAAAGGGGCAGGUAUGUCAAAUUCACCUUGCCCAGAGCAUCGGGGGAGUUCUCGAGUGGAGAAAGCAGCAGCAUUGUGUGAUACUUCACCUUCUUUCCAUUCUACUAUUCAAAAAGCACUAUUAAGGUUCUGGGUUUUAUAAGGUGUUUUUUAUUUGUUCGUCUGUUUGUUUGUGUCACUGAGUGGUGGUCUGCUAUCCUAUUUGGGAUAUUUGGAGGUAAGUUACAAAUAUAGCCAAUGGGUGGAUCUGCAAUUAGAAUAGACAGAUAAUUCUCUAGCAAAAAAUAAUAAUAAUUGGUUGCCUUAAAAUCUCAGUGCAAAACUUCAGCUUUGCUAUUUUAAAGCUAGAAAUCAGCACUACUCUGGAAAUAGAAUCUCAUUCAGUGUCAAAUAUGGAUAUAACUUAAGGAUAAUUUUCCCUGUGGUUGUUUGGAUAUCCACCAGCUGGUGGCUUGUCUAAAGGCAGCAAUCCUUUAUGCACUUCUUCAGGAGAAAGUACACUAUACAUAUUUAAUUAUUAUUUAUUAUUAAAAAGCACUUAGGAUUGCGCUGCAAGUGAUGGUUUUUAAUGCACCCAAAUUAGUUUGAAUGAGCAAGGUGGAUGCUGAGUAAAUUUUCUAGCAAACACUUUGGGUUGAAUUCAGCAAGAUUAAUUUUCAGGUAAACAUUUAGGUAAGUAUAUGUAGGACCACAGCCUUGACAGGCCAUUCGGGCAAGCUAAAUCAGUGGUUCUCAACCUGUGGGUCCCCAGAUACUUUGGCCUUCAACACCCAGAAAUCCUAUCAGCUGGUAAACUGGCUGAGAUUUCUGGGAGUUGUAGGCCAAAACUCCUGGGGACCCACAGGUUGAGAACCAUUAACCUAAAUAUCCUCUAGAUCAGUGGUUCUCAACCUGUGGGUCCCCAGAUGUUUUGGCCUUCAACUCCCAGACAUCCAAACAGCUGGUAAACUGACUGGGAUUUCUGGGACCUGGGGACCCACAGGUUGAGAACUACUGCUCUAUAUCAGUGUUUCUCAAAGUAUGCUUCUCCAGGUGUUUUGGGCUUCAGUUCUCAGAAGUCCCAGCCAGCUUCUCAGCUGUUAGGAAUUGUGGGAGCUAAAAUCAAAAACAUCUGGAGCACAGCUUGAGAAACACUGCUCUAGAUAAAGCUCUAGAAAGGAGUUGAUACUUAGUGUAGCGAUAUUCCAGCCUUUCCUUUACAUUCAGCACAUUUACACUUUAUGCUUUACAUGUAAGGGUAGCUGCCACUCUUUUGAUACUACAAAGAGAAAACAUAUGAGAGCUCAUUAGUUAUUCGCAUGUCAACCAAUUAGACAAUAUUGUUUUUUUCAGUGUAGUGUUGUCAGU